UGUAGCCGCAAAGAAACUUAGAAAAUCGCGAGCUUUUGCGCUAUGAUGGAUCUCCGAUUGUCAGUGCCUGUGCUCGUGAUAAUCCUUCUCGCGAAGUGCGAAAACUCGAUCGCAGAAAACGCGACCGCAGAUUCUAGCACAAUUAAAGUGGACCAUGCGACGGAGCCUACUACUACUACUAUAACGAGUAUAUGUACCGUGUGCUCUUGUACAGGUAGUGCCGCAGAUGGCUACAUAGACUGUAAUAACCGGAGCUUGGAGACACACUUCGAGGAAGAACGAUGGCUGAACAUAACGGCGAAAUUCAAAGUAAUCUCGUUCGAACGUAAUCGCCUAGUGCAUGUCACGCCCUUCCCACGGAUAGUCGUUGAGAGACUGAUUCUGCGAAGAAAUCGUAUCGCCAGGAUAGAUAAUCGCGCUUUCAAAGAGCUUGUUAAUCUCACCGAAUUAGACCUGAGUGAUAACCAGCUCACGUCGCAAAUGCUACAGCCGCACAUUUUCGAGGGGAUGUUUUCGUCAGAAGCGUACGAGCCUCUGUCGAACCUGCAAAUUUUAAACCUAGGUAACAACGCACUCCAUUGGUUACAUCAGAGUAUAUUCGAGCACAUUGCCGACCUCAAGGUGCUGAAUCUGUCUGGAAAUCCUUUUGGCGUAUUCGAUUAUCGUACGUCCAUAGCGAUCAGUAGUUUGUCGUAUUUAGUGGAAUUGGACAUCAGUUAUUGCGAAUUGCGAGAAUUACCGAAUACUCAGUUCCACAAUGCUAAACACUUGAAGAAACUGAACCUGACCAACAACCAGCUCAGACUUCUACCCAAAUCAUUGGAAGAGGCCGAAACCUUGGAGUACCUUAGUUUGGAUGGCAAUCCGAUACAUGCUUUCGAUCGCUCGAAUGCUUUCCCCAACCUGAAGACGCUGCGAGAGCUCAGUCUACGCGGGAUGCUGAAUCUGACGGUGAUCGGGAACGGCGGGCUAUCGGCGUUGACUGGGCUGGAGAACCUCUACAUACAGAAUUGCUGGAAAUUAGGGAGGAUCGAGGAGUACGCGAUAGCGUUGACGACCACUGAGGGCACGAUGUGGCCGCCGUUGAAAAAGCUGAACAUGGCGUCCAAUGCCCUCCGGUAUCUACCGAUGCUACUCGUUGGGAGAUGGGACAAGCUCGAGGAAUUACGCCUGACGGGCAACCAGUGGAACUGCGAUUGCGAUAAUCAAUAUCUGAUCGGAACCGUAUUGCCGGAAUAUGGCGAGGCGCUAAUGGGAGACAACGAGGUCGACGAGCUCACCUGUUCCGCGCCGCCGGAACACGAAGGGAAGAAGCUCGCGUCCCUGGCUGAUCGACAUCUACGCUGCUUGGAUCUGUAUAACGCGAGACCGGAAAAGGAUGCCGCGGUACUCGUAGGAGUGCUGAUCGGCCUACUUAUCGCGAUCCCAAUCGGCAUGGCCUUCUUCGUCUUUUGGCGGCGCGGUUUCUUUUUCUGUGGAUCGCAAGGUCCUGGCAGCUUCUCCCGUGCCUUCUACAAACGCGCGUCUAAUGACGAUGACAUUUAAACUACACACACAAACACACACGUACACACGCACACACAUAUA